AUGUUACUCCGCCAUGUGCUCCAGCGAGUUCUCUCCGUUCUGCUACCCUUAUCAAUAGCAUCACUCGUCUACCUAUAUCUGUAUCCCGUAUUCCACGGCUGCGCAUUCCCCGUACCCAACCUUAGUCUUGCCGACUCCGCUCCCGCGCCGACCGCAUUUACGAAUAUUUUAAAAGAACAUUUUGGCUACAGACAUGACGACGGCGACAGUGGAAAUGGUGGUAAUAACUUUGUGGAGGGGGUGAUUCCUCCAGCGCCGUUUCGGCUCCUGGUUCUAGCCGACCCGCAGAUCGAAGGGGAUAGCUCGCUCCCCGGGCCCAAUGAUGGGUUUACGAACCAUCUUGAAAGACACUGGACGCGAGUUGUCUCUGCAUCAACGUGGAGUGAGCGUGGAGCUACGCUCAGCAAGGCUGCGAAGGACAUAGUCGUCGUGGAUAUCCCUCGUUCUCUAGACGCCGCGCGAAAACGACUAGAUCUGUUUGGCAAUGAUUACUACCUUGCGCAUAUUUAUCGAACGCUAUCCUGGUGGACGAGGCCGACGCACGUUACGGUUUUGGGAGAUCUGAUUGGGAGCCAGUGGGUGUCUGAUACAGAAUUUGGUCUGCGGACGAGAAGGUAUUGGAAUCGGGUGUUUAAGGGGGGCGUGAGGGUUGAUGAUGAGAUCACUAUUACGGGGAGCGAUGGGUACGGUGCAGGGGAUGAGAGGAUAGAGAGACUUCCAGACCCCCGUUCCGGCAAAGAGACGAGUUGGUCAAGCCGCAUUAUCAGCAUUGCUGGGAAUCAUGACGUUGGCUAUGCGGGAGAUAUUUCGGAGAAACGCAUUGAGCGUUUCGAGAGGGAGUUUGGAAGACAUAAUUGGGAUAUGCGAUUUGAGUAUCUUCUGCCUGUAAUGAAUGACUCUUCCGCCAAAAAUGCACGACCUACGCCAUCCUUGCACCUCAUCGUUCUUGACAGCCUUCUUCUCGACACCCCGGCUCUCAGGCAAUCACUACAAGACAAAACUUAUACCUUUCUAAACGACGUGAUCUCUUAUCGCUCCCGUCCGGUAGAGGACCGAAGCACCUUCACUCUCCUUCUCACUCAUCUACCCCUCCAUAAAAAAGCAGGCGUCUGCACCGAUGCUCCACAUUUUGACUUUUUCGCCCAGGACGAUGAGUGGCCAGUCGAAGGCGAGCUGCGGUUCAAAAAAGGAGGACUGCGGGAGCAGAACCAUAUCAGCGACAAUCUGAGUCGCGUGGGAAUUCUCCAAGGCAUCUUCGGAAUGAGCGGAGAUGCUCACGCUCCCGCCGGAGGCAGAGGGAGAAAAGGGUUGAUCUUGACUGGCCAUGACCAUACUGGAUGCGACGUUGUCCACUUUGUCAAUCACACAUCUGGCGAUACGGAGAAUUCAAGCAGUGACGUUGAGGCGGGCUGGUCAUGGGACGCGCAACGGUAUACACCGGAACUCAUUAGUGAUCACCUUUCACCAUCUACGCCCUCGGUUAGGGAAGUCACCCUUCGCUCUAUGAUGGGCGAGUUUGGCGGUAACGCAGGCCUUCUAUCCCUCUGGUUUGACGCCGAUCCUUCGGUCAUGGAAUGGAAAUAUGACAUCAUUACUUGCCAGUUGGGGGUACAGCAUAUCUGGUGGAUAGUGCACAUUGCUGCCGUGAUAACGUUGGGCAUGUUAAUGGCUUGGCUGAUCUUGUGUUUGGCAGAUGGAGCCAGCACUCCGUCUGGAGAGAGCGAUUCUCCCCCAAAGGCAUCUCGAGUCCCGGGUUCAGUGACCAGACCAAUGCUAAAGCAGAAUGGGAUGGUUGUCAAUACUGAGAAGGGAACGGCGACUGGAGCAAACGUUGGGUAG